AAAUCCACACAUGUACACAAACCGGGAUGUAUUUUUUCAUCAUCAUCAUCAUCAUAAAAAAAGGGACUCCAAUCGACAAGAACCACUCUAGAAGAACCUGCUGUCUACGGAGGAAUCAACUAGCGGCUCCCGCGCCCGCGCCAGUCCGCCACCCGCAACCACGGAACCUCCUCCACCGCAACGGUCACUUCCAGCUCUCGUGCGUCCUCCUCCUCCACCGUCGCCUCUCCUCCCGCGGGUAGGGUUCCGCCGCGUGUCUCCCGUCGCAAACUCACACCCAUGGCCGCACCGCCGGCCGCCUCGCUAGUCCCACGCGUCUCCCUCCCGCCGCGCCUUCGCCCAACCGCCGCUUCUCCCCUUGGCCCCUCUGUCCACGGUCCCCGCAGCCGCCGUCGGUACCUCCGUCUCCGCCGCUCGCCUUUAUCGCCGGUGGUGACUGCGGCCGCGAGCUCCCCAUCCGUGCCCUCCUCUUCCCCGGAGAUCGGGUCGAGUAUCGGCGAUGCCCUCGGUGACGUUGAAAUAUACUCCGCGGCCUCCGGCGAGCCCGUCCCGUUCAGAGACCUGUGGGAUCAGAACGAGGGAGUGGCUGUUGUUGCGCUGCUAAGGCAUUUCGGGUGCCCUUGUUGCUGGGAGUUGGCCUCUGUUCUGAGGGACACAAAGGAGAAAUUUGAUUCUGCUGGAGUAAAACUGAUUGCUGUUGGUGUUGGCACUCCAGCUAAAGCUCGUAUUCUUGCGGAGCGCUUACCGUUUCCGUUGGAAUACCUCUAUGCAGAUCCUGAUCGGAAGGCGUAUAACCUCUUAGGUCUAUAUUUUGGUGUUGGUCGCACAUUCUUCAAUCCGGCCAGUGCGAAAGUGUUUUCACGAUUUGACUCCCUUAAGGAAGCGGUGAAGAAUUAUACAAUGGAAGCUACCCCAGAUGAUAGGGCAGGUGUCCUACAACAGGGGGGGAUGUUUGUGUUCAAAGGUAAAGAACUGUUGUAUGCAAGGAAAGAUGAGGGCACAGGCGAUCAUGCACCUUUGGAUGAUGUGCUCAAUAUUUGCUGCAAAGUUCCUGUAACCUAACCUGAUGGCUCGUGAUACUGCUCAGUAUUGGGUGGAAAGCAUUUUCCGUGUCCUUGAUUCCCGAACUUCCAAGAUUGUCUGCUGCAAGUGUCCUCUCCAUCAAUAUGUACCUGCGAGAUACUAUUGUGCCAAGCUUCAUGUAUACUUUGAUAUCUUGAUGGUUAUCGAUUGUGAAUCGUGCAUUGUAAGUAUCCAAGUUGAUGGUUUACUUUGGUAGUAUAGUUCUUGAGGUACGCUGCACAUCUGGAUAUUAUACAGCUGGUACAAUUUGAAAGCAAAGUACGAAGUCCUGGCUCUUCCUUCGAAAUGGAAGUUUGGAACUUCCAGAAAUAUCGGUAACAUAAAAUCCAUGCUA